AUGUCCCAUCCAUGUGGCUACGCACCGCAGGACGAACCGCCAUCAGCCACACUCGUAACUCCCGCAUUCCUACCCUUCGACAGAGCAGACGCCGAUCUCAUUCUACGCACCGCCGACAAUGUCGAGUUCCGCGUGCACAAGCUCACCAUGCGCAUGGCGUCCGAGAUAUUCGAAGAGAUGUUCAGACUCGGAUACGCCGCCGCACCGUCCGAAGACGAUGCGUACGGGAUACCUGUCGUGCGAGUCACCGAACACUCUUCGAUCAUUGACCCACUACUCCGGAUUAUAUACCCAAUACAAGACCCCGUGCUAGAUGUCCCCACGACCGCCUGCGAAGUAAUGCGCGCAUCGCUCAAGUACGAGAUGGAAGUAGCCAUGACCUUUGCGCAGCGGGUGCUCAUGGAUCCCAAGGUUGCAGCCAAAGACCCACUGGCGGUCUACGCCGCUGCGUGCCAGAUGCGGAUGCCCAGCCUCGCUCUCGAGGCAGCCAAGCUCAGCCUACGCCACGACCGGAUAUUCCUGGCAGUCGCUGCGCCAGUAGGACUGGACAGUCUCCCUGCCACCAUCCUCUUUGCGCUCAUGCAGUAUCGCGAGAAGUGCAAGGCCGUCGUGCAACGCUUCGUACAGGAUGACCGGGUGUGGAAGAGCUGGAGCGGAUUCCGGCACUUUCUCUGUGGGAUCUGCGAUCCUCGUCCAUCAACGACGACAGGCCGCCGCGUGAAGGCGCCUAUGCCCGGGCCCGUGCCCGACAUGGGCGAGGUCUUGCUCUCGUCGAUGCUGUUGAUGGCCGGCUCGCGGGAGAUAACCAAGUGUGUGUCGUGCCGCAUGUCUAUCGUCAGAGACGUGCGGGAACUUCACGCGGAGAUCUUGGCAGAGAUUCAGCGUUCUGUGGCGAUGAUCAAACUCGACCUUGUUCUAUAA